CCGUGCCCGGUGAGCGCGGCGGGAGCUGCGAGCGCCCCCUGGUGGCGGGACGGGAGGGCGGCCCCGGCCCCGCUCCCGGUCCCGGUCCCGCUCCUGGUUCUGCUCCCGGUCCCGGUGUCCCGGAGCGCCGUUCCCCGCGCUGCCACCAUGAGCUCCGAGACUUUGGUCAAGGACGUCAAGCCCGGCCUCAAGAACCUCAACCUCAUCUUCAUCGUGCUGGAGACCGGCCGGGUCACCAAGACCAAGGACGGCCACGAGGUGCGCACGUGCAAAGUGGCCGACAAGAGCGGCAGCAUCAACAUCUCCGUGUGGGACGACGUGGGGAACCUGAUCCAGCCCGGGGACAUCAUCCGCCUCACCAAGGGCUACGCCUCCGUCUUCAAGGGCUGCCUGACGCUCUACACCGGCCGGGGGGGGGACCUGCAGAAGAUCGGGGAGUUCUGCAUGGUUUACUCCGAGGUUCCCAACUUCAGCGAGCCCAACCCCGAGUACGUGGCGCAGCAGGCGCAGGGCAAGGGGGCCCCACCCGACAGCUCCACCCCGGCAGCUCCGCAGCCCCCCCCGGGCCCCCCCGCCGCCCCCCCAGCCCCCGAGAGCCAGAACGGGAACGGGCUGAGCCCGGGGCCGCCCCCCGCGCACCCCCCGAGCAGCCGCAUCACCCGCAGCCAGCCCGGCCCCGUCAGCAACGGCAAAGAGACCCGGAGGAGCGGCAAGAGAUAACGGGGACCCCCCCGGGACCCCCCCGGGACCCCCCCGGCACCGCCACAACCGCGGGAUCCCCGGUUCCCCCACGCCCCAAGUUCCCGGUGUCCCCCCGGUGCUGGCCCGGACCCCCCCUCCGGUACUCGGGGGGUCCCGGGGGUGUCCAUCCGGUGCCCCCCCCGUUUUCGGGAGGCGUUAAUAAAGAA